AUGGAGACUGCUCCCAUCACUUUGGCCCACACCCACGCCCGGAACGCGGCUCUGGAAACUCGCAAGGCUAAUCCUGUCGCCGCGAGCGAAGAGCACGACUUGGCCGCUGGUGAGUUCGCAACCGUCGCGCAAAGCAGUAGGGAUCGCGAGGCCCUACGAACGCUUCAUCUGCUAGAACAGCACCACAAAAAGCUCGCUCAUAUCCUUCGCUUCCAACAUGAGAACCCACCAUCUGCUGCUGCCGGGGUCAACUCUCAGAAUUCCGCAGAAUCGGGAUUGUCAAAGACCGACCCCCAACAGCCCCCAAGGCUGAGCGGAAACCCUCGUUUGCCCAAGAGAGAGACGUCUUCCAUUGCAAGCAACUUGGCCUCCGCUAGAGGAAUCCCGGCUCAGCCGCGUCGUUCGUCUCCUGCAUCUCCUACCCUCUCAUCUCAGCAGGCAGGGGCUAGAAUGACCGACGGCCCCGCAAAGAUUAGAUCAAGCGAGUCGAGAUUGAGAGGAACUCAGGCUGCUGGACAAAGAGAUCGUGCAAGCCGUACUUCCAGCCAGAGACAGCCGUGGUCACCGCCAGUUGGCAGCCCAACCGACAUCACAUCUCAGCAAUUCGUGCCCUCAGAGACUGCAGACUCCAGACAAUCGCGCCGACAAUCUGCAACCGAGGAGCCGUUCCAGCGAUUCUACUCGACCUUUGAAGGCCUUAUUUCCCGAAUCUCGGCACCACUGGCAUUUGCAGGGCUACCGCUUGGAUUAGAUGGCGCCAGCAACGCAGGUGCGACUCGCAAAUCAUCUGCGGAAACAAGACUCGAUAGACAAAUCGCCGUAUCAGAUCGCUCUGGAUCCUCAGCAGAGCCCGAUAUCAGCCGUAUCUUCUCCCGUGCCGCGCUAAAGGCGAUCCGUGAAACCAACGGAGGUGGGAUGGGGCCGGGAAAUCCAGCAGAAUCCUUUUACGUGGUGCCUACAACCGGCGGAACUGUAUCAUACGCAGGAAUCCUAACAAGGGCUGAAAAGGAGGCGCGCCGGAACAGCAAUGACGAAGCAGAAGAUGACUUCGUCGAUGCCCGGGAAACACCCUCGUCGCCAGAGAUGCUCCAGCAAAACAAGGGCAAAGCCAAAGGCAAACCAAGCCGCUCGAGCGACAAACUCUCAAGCCUUCAGCCCCCUAAAACGUUGGAAGAACUACAGAUGGAAAACCAAGCCUUACGUCAUCUCUCCGAUACAUUAUCGAAACGAUUGCACAUGUGGGAGGUCAACGCGCAGUCUUCGUCCAUGGCUUUGCAGCAGUCUUUGAAGGCAAUGCACCACCAGAACAUGCCAUCUCCGGAGCACGGGCCGCAAUCUGCUUCUGCCGUGUCGUCGCCAACGACAGGUUCAUCCACAGCAGUAGCCCCAGCUCCGACGACGGAACAUGACCAGCGUAUCAAGGAGCUCGAGGAAAUCAUCCGGCUCAAUGAAAAAGAGCUCGAGAAGACAGGACGGGAGAAUGAAAAACUGCAUAAUGUGCUUGGCCGGUAUAGAGACCGAUGGGAGAAGCUUAAGGAGGGCGCUAAAUCGAGACGUGCAGAGGGGAGAGCUGGAGAGGGCAGCGCGAGAACUAGCAGUGCAGGCACUGCGCAGCAGUCUACAGGCGCGGAAGUCAAAACGGGCGAGACAGAAGAGACGUCUAAGGAGCAGAAAAGUGGUCCGGCGGAAGAAGCAUAG